CUCGCUCGUCGUGAAUUCCUCACACUGAUCGAGCAGUACUACUCCAGCAGCAGCAGUUGUAUUGCAACUAGCUAGCCGAGCAAAUUAAAAGCCGACCAGUACUCUCUGUCUCUCUCUCUCUCUCUCCAUGGCUAUUCCAGUAAUCGACUUCUCCAAGCUGGAAGGCAAGGAGAGGGCCCAGACUCUGGCUCAGAUCGACAGUGGAUGCCAACAGUGGGGAUUCUUCCAGCUGGUGAACCAUGGGAUUCCGGUGGAGCUGCUUGAACGCGUUAAGAAGGUGUGCACGGAGUGCUACAGGCACAGAGCCGAGGCCUUCAAGGUGUCCAGGCCGGUGCAGCUCCUCGAUCAACUCGUUCGGGAAGAAGAAGAGGUCGUUGGAGAUGUAAACAACAACAAGAAGAAGUUGGACGAUGUGGACUGGGAGGACGUCUUUGUUCUCCAAGACGACAACCAAUGGCCAUCCCACCCUCCCCAAUUCAAGGAGACGAUGAGGGAGUACAGAGCGGAGGUGAAAAAGUUAGCCGAGAAAUUGAUGGAAAUCAUGGAAGAGAACUUGGGGCUGGAGAAGGGCACCUUCAAGAACAAGUUCACCGGAAACGGCGAGCACGAGCCGUUCUUCGGCACCAAGGUGAGCCACUACCCGCCCUGCCCGCGGUUGGACCUUGUGGAGCUGGGCCUCCGCCCCCACACCGACGCUGGCGGCGUCAUCCUCCUCUUCCAAGAUGACCGUGUCGGAGGCUUGCAGAUCCUCAAGGACGGCGAGUGGGUGGACGUGCAGCCGUUGGCCAAUGCCAUCGUCAUUAACACCGGGGACCAGAUCGAGGUGGUCAGCAAUGGGCGGUACAAGAGCGUGUGGCACCGCGUGCUCGCCACCGGCAAUGGCAACCGCCGCUCCGUCGCCUCCUUCUACAACCCUUCAGUGAAGGCCGUCAUUUGUCCGGCUUCGGCCUCCGCCGUCGACGAGACCACUGGCGCCUACCCUGAGUUUCUCUUCGGGGACUACAUGGACGUGUACGUGAAGCAGAAGUACAUGCCCAAAGAACCAAGAUUUGAAGCGGUCAAAGCAAUUAAUUAACUAGGAGCUAAUUAACUAUACAAUGGUUAAUUAUAUGAUUAAUUAUAAUUGUUACCGGGUUUAUGUUUUUUCCUUUUUUUUUUCCAUUCUUUGGACUGUCAUUGUUUGUUCCUUUAAUUUUGACAAGCUGCAUGUAACAAUACUUUGAGAAAGUUUGAAAUAAAUAAUAGAGCUGGUAAUAUAUACUCUAGCCCUAACUAAUAUGUUUUA